UUAUUCGUUUUAGGUCAACGUCGACGUAUGAUAAGAAUAUAAUGACUGUCUGAUAAGAUUAUACUCGCAUGGUUGUAUACAAAUCAAUUUAUAUAUUAAGAAAUGUACAAUAAUAAUUUUCUUCUCUUUGUUUUCUGUCUUUGGAUAUCUUCUUCAUCUAGUAGUUGCCCUAAUGGCUGGACACGUCAUGAUGCAUCAUGCUACCAUUUCAGUCACGAUACCGAGUCAAUGCCUGUCGCUGCAAUUGUUUGUCAACAAAUGGGAGGAUUGCUUGCUGAGAUAGAGUCUCCGGAGGAAGGUGGUUUUCUGUCCGCACAAGCAAAAAGUCUUAAUCAUGACUUUUGGAUCGCCCUAAGUGAUAUUCAAGAGGAAGGUAUCUGGCUUUGGUAUGGCAGUAAAACUCCACUGGCAACGACAGGGUACAAGAACUGGGCUAACCAUGAGCCAGACAACUAUAAUGGGGAUGAAAACUGUGCUCUCUUGGGAAAGAGUGCGGGACAAUGGUGGGACAAUCCGUGCCAUAACUUUAAACGCUAUAUCUGCGAGAAAACGGAUGAACCAGGUGAAAUUGUUGGCUAGUCCAUGCAUAGCAGUUCUCACACGAGUAUGUGUCCAUUUGUUUAAUAUUGACUUAAUAUAAAAAAAAAUUAUGAGUAAUAAAUAUACCAAGUGAGAUAUAUGUUUGGGUUUAUUCUUUAACGUACCGGUUUUAAAUAAUACAAUUAUGGAAGUAGUAACAUAUUUUUUUUAUUAAGAGGCCCUCGUAGAUAAGAAGGCAUGGUAUGUUUGUUUCGUUUAUAACAUACCUGUCUAUAUG